AUGGGGAGACCAAUCCAAGACUGCUUCACAUUUCUUCUAUUCUUCAUAUCCUUUCUAGCAGCCACCGCACUUUCAGAAGGGCAGGACAUGAUAAACUCAACUCACAUGAUCACAGAAGGCAAGACAUUGAUAUCAUCAUCUCAGGGCAGCUUUGAGUUGGGUUUUUUCAGUCCUGAUGGCUCCAAGAACCGAUAUAUUGGUAUAUGGUACUCGACGAAAAUCGUUGCACCCGUAACGGUGGUCUGGGUCGCCAACAGGGACAACCCGCUAUCAAACACAUCAGGGACUGAGCUCAAAGUCAUUAGCCCUGGGAUUUUGGCCAUUCUAGACGGCUCUGGCAAAAUCAUAUGGUCAUCGUCAUCCAACACAUCAUCACUAGCCGCACAGGAACCGGUUGCACAGCUUCUCGACACGGGGAAUCUCAUCCUGAGAGAAGCAAACGAUGAAAACCCGGAGAACUAUCUGUGGCAGAGCUUUGAUUACCCGACCGACACAUUUUUACCUGGGAUGAAAUUAGGCUGGAAUUUGUUAACAGGUCAUGAAAAUUACCUCUCCUCCUGGAGGAGCAGCGAUGAUCCAGGUACCGGAGACUACUCGUUUCACUUGGACCUUACGGGAUACCCCCAUGUAAUCCUCAUAAGGAAACCUUCUGUCGUACGUUACAGGGGUGGGCCCUGGAAUGGAGUAUGGUUCAAUGGGAAUCCCGGACCGAGCAGGAAUAAUUUAGCCACCUAUGGUCUGGUUUUCGACGAAACAGAGGUGUAUUUUCAUUAUGAGAUUCUCAGCAAUUCUGUUAUGGUCAGGGUAUUCGUUAACCAGCGUGGAAUCAUCCAAACCUUGGUUUGGGUUGACCGGGAAUGGAAUGUGACAGAACCCAACACCUGCGAUUCGUACGGGCAUUGCGGUCCAUACGGAAGAUGUGAUAUUCGAAAUUCUCGAAUUUGUGAGUGUAUGGAGAAUUUCGUGCCGAGGUAUCCAGACAAAUGGGCAGCGACCGACUGGUCUGGUGGCUGCUUACGGAAGACUUCCUUGGGCUGCAAAAGUGACGGGUUUGUUAGGUAUUCGGACAUUAAAUUUCCUGAUACCAAACAUUCUUUGCUUAAUGUGACUAUAAAUUUGGAGGAGUGCAAGGUCAUGUGCCUGAUGAAUUGUUCUUGCAUGGCGUACGCCAACUUAGAUGUCAGACCAGGGCAAAGUGAAUGUAUGCUUUGGUUUGGUGAACUGGUCGACAUGCGAGUUGGUUAUGGAGCAGGACAAGAUCUUUACAUUAGAAUGGCUUCUUCAGAAUUCGCAUCAGACUCCAAAAGCAACAAAGGCAAAAUACUCAUAGGGAGUUUGACGUCAUUGGUGGGAUUGAUUUUCUUAGGCUUGAGCUUCACGCUUUACAUUUGUAAGACCCACAGAAUAUGCAUGUUGAGGAAGGGAGAUAAAAUUAUGAUUUGGCGUGUUGCAGGUUGGCAUAAAGAAAAUAAAGACCUGGAUCUUCCUUCAUUUGCUUUCUCGACUAUAUAUAAAGCUACUAACAAUUUUUCCAAGGACAAGAAGCUUGGAGCUGGUGGAUUUGGACCUGUCUACAAGGGUACGCUUGAGGAUGGACGUGAGAUUGCUGUGAAGCGUUUGUCAAAGACAUCGAUGCAAGGAGUUGAUGAAUUCAAGAAUGAAGUGAUAUCUAUUGCCAAACUUCAGCACCGUAACCUCGUGAAGCUUCUUGGGUGGUGCAUUUAUGGGGAUGAGAAGAUGCUAAUAUACGAGUACAUGGCCAACAAAAGUCUGGACUUAAUCCUAUUUGAUCAAGAAAAAAGUAAAUUACUUGAUUGGCCAAAGCGCGUUCAGAUUAUCAACGGUAUUGCCAGGGGACUCAUGUAUCUUCAUCAAGACUCACGACUGAGAGUCAUCCACCGUGACCUGAAAACCAGCAAUAUACUGCUAGACAUGGACAUGAACCCAAAAAUAUCGGAUUUCGGCAUGGCCAGAACCUUUGGAGGGAAUGAGACUGGAGCCUGUACAUCGAGAGUUGUUGGGACAUAUGGUUACAUGUCACCAGAGUACACCAUUGAUGGGUUGUUCUCAGUGAAAUCGGAUGUGUUUAGCUUUGGAGUUAUGGUAUUGGAAAUACUGAGCAGCAAAAGGAACAGAGGAUUUUCCCACAAGGAUCAUCACCAUAACCUUCUUGGGCAUGCAUGGAUGCUUUAUAAACAAAGGCGGCCCAUAGAGCUAGUUAACGACUAUCAAAGCGAAACAUGCGACUCGUCUGAGGUGCUGAGAUUAAUCGAGGUGGGAUUGUUGUGUGUACAAAAAUAUCCUGAAGAUAGACCAAGCAUGUCUUUGGUUGUAUUCAUGCUGGAGAAUGAUGUUGAGCUGCCUGAAGCUAAAGAGCCUGGUUUUUUCACAGAAAGAGAUGCUUUUGCUAAUGAUCAAUCAAUCAGCAGCACCAGUGGAGUUUCAACAAAUGAGAUCACACUUACUACUUUUGAAGCAAGAUAG